AUGCCAUCAUUCAAUCGAAUUGCUAUCCACGGUCAUCGUGGCUGGGCCAGCUCAAAGAUCUCCGAAGCCCUGAUUGCUUCAGGAGCACCCAUCCGAGUCAUAUACCGCCCAGGGUCCGAUGUCUCGAACUUGCCAUCCUCCGUCGCCAGCGUCGAGGUGGAUGUUAACAACGAGCAAGCACUAAUUGAAGCCUUACACGACAUCGACAUUGUGAUUUCUCUCGUUGGUCACGAAGAUAUUGAGAGACAGCAUGCCUUUGUGAAGGCUAUACCCAAGACAGGCGUCAAGCUAUUUUCACCAUCGAAACUUGCAGGCAGAUACGACGAGCAGGGUUUGAAGAUCCCCGUCAACAAAGCCAAGCACGAAGUCGAGGAGGCCUUGAUUGCCGCUGGCAUUCCGACUACCGUGGUGUUGCUGGGCAACUUCGCCGAAUUCACACUCAGCACGACAUGUAUGGGCGUCGAUUUGCCCGGCAACAAGAUUGUUUACUCGGGAAACAGUGCCCAGGAGAAUGUCUAUCUAUGUACUAGGGAUUACGUGGCUGCGGCGUACGCUUCCAUCUUUGCUUCGACGCCAAUUUCUCAGCUCCAGAAUCGCGACAUCUCAAUUUCUGAAUUGACUGCUACGGGGAGCGAAGUUGCCGACGCUUUGGAGAAAAGGCACGGCACCCCGCCUCGGGUAUCCUCUUUGAGCGCUGAGAGGGUCAAUACCGAGGUCGAAGAAGGGCUCGAAUCAGGCAAUCCUUUCACCUUGGCUUGGCUAGCCCGUAAGGUCUGGGGCACCGGCCAGCAUAACAAGAUCGUCGGGAACGAUCUUUGGGAGGUUGAAGGUUACGAAAAGGCAACCCUGAAAGAUCUGAUCGUUGAUGGGAAGCUGGAGGCCUAUCGUCAACUGCCACCAAAAGUGGCGGAGUAUUUCAGAGGAACAUUCUGA